AUGCACAAAUUAAAAUCUAAUCCAGUUUUGAAAGAUGCAGACUUUACCGACGCCCUCGAAGAUUCGGACUUGGAUAUUUUAUCAGACGACGAUGACGGUGAACAGUCAGAAGAGACACCUCCUGUGAGAGAGACUAGUCUAAGUGAUUCUGAUUUAGGUUCUUUUUCAGAAUCUGUAAGCGAAUCUCGGCCGUUAUUAGAAAUUUCUACUUCAUCAUCAUUCUGUCAAGGGUGUUAUACUACUAGAGGCGGAGCUAGAACACGAGGAAGUCGUUCAAGACAAGGCAGGAGUGAAGAACAAGAGGAGAACGAAGUGUUAGUACUCGCAAUUCUAAUGCGCAUUCAACGGACAAUAAUUGAAAUGGAGAUUUUUCUCCUUUGGAGCGGCCACUGUUCCAACCAGGAUAUAUUUUAG